AUGGAGCCCGCGGCCGCGCCGGCCGAGCCGGCCGAGCCGGCCGAGCCGGCCGCGUCGGCGGCAGAGGCCCAGGAGGAGGGCCUGAGUCUGCACGUGCAAUGCCGGGAUUUCGGUAAGAUGGCAUGUCCAAAAGUUGAGCGCUGGUUAGCUGAGAGCAGCGGUGUGCCACUUCAAAAGGUUUUCAAGCUGCCGAACUGGAACUAUGCUUUCGUGACUAUCCUCCCAGAGCACGAGAAGAAGUUCCGUGAGGCCGUGGAUGGCUUGCUCCUCUUCAAGUGCUGCGUCUCGGUAAACGAGGGAGCUCCACGGAAGAGCCAGCCGAAGAGCGACGAGGAGCGCCCGGCCAAGCGGCAGAAGGUCAAGGAGGUCAAGGAAUUCCGGCCUGGGUUCGUUCCGACCCUCAAAGACCUGACGGCGAAGCUGAAAAACAAAGAUCCUGGCGACGUGCUUCGGAAGAGUGCUCCUCUCAUAGACUGGAGCUACGAGACGCAGCUCAGCAUGAAAGGCACUCACAUCAAGACCGCUGUGCGGUCCUUCACGAAGCAGGUGGACAAGAAGUGCAAGGACCUGAGCCUCACGGCCCCACCCUGGACCAGCUUCGAGUGGUCCAAGGCCUGUUCGGCGCCGAUCGGCUGCGCGUGUCCGCUGGACCCUCCCAUCGGCACUCCUGCGGAAAGCCGAGGACUCAGCAAGUUUCCUCAGAACAAGUGUGAGUUCAGCAUCGGCCGGGAGCCAAGCGCCAAGUUCCACCGGACGCGCUCUCGGAGAGACCGCUCCGUCAUGUCGCUCGGAGGCAAGAGCGAGGAGGGUGAGAUCGAGUGCGGCUUCGUGCGUCGGAUCACGGAUGACGGCUACGGGUGCGCCCUCCGUCAAGCCAAGCACUGCGAAGAUCGGCUGUGGUAG